AACUUCCCUCUCAUGUUACCCAAAAAAAAAAAAAAAAGAAAAACUUCCCUCUCCCAACUUCUCGGUUCCCCCCUUCCUUUCCCCCAAUUCUUCUGAGCGAGAUGAUGAGUUCUCGGAUGACUGGGUCUGCCCUUCUCCGGCAACUCGGUCCCCGCCUCUUCUCCGUCUCCUCCGCCGCCCCCACCCGCGCCGCCGCUGCCGUCGAGCCCUCGUACACACUCCUGCUGACGGGAUCCGCCAGCCCGGCCACCGCGAAGUCGCCCGUGGCGGCGCUGUUUCGACUAUUCCCGGCACGGAUGGCCAGCACCACGGCGGCGAAGCCAGCGGUCGGAGGCGAGGAGGAGUCGGAGCCGUCGAAGCCCGCCGCCGAGUCGUCCGACGCCUCUCCCAGCGAGCGGAAGGCGAUCGCGAGCUAUUGGGACAUCAACCCCAACAAGAUCGUCAAGGAGGACGGUACCGAGUGGAAGUGGUCCUGCUUCAUGCCGUGGGAGACGCAUAAGGCGGAUGUGACGAUCGAUGUAAAGAAGCACCACGUUCCGACGACGUUUCUCGACAAGGUGGCGUACUGGACGGUGAAGGCGCUUCGCUUCCCCACCGAUGUAUUCUUCCAG